CCAAUAAAAUAAUAAAACCAUAACCCAACCCUUCAAACUUGUUGACCGUUUUGUCCCUACCCCUUUUUCUUUCUUUCUUUUCUUCGCUUUCCUCAGGGCGCUCCUCUUCUUCCCUCAAACCAUGAAGACCCGUUAAGCCAAACAUAAAAUUUUCUACUCUUUCUCUACAAAGAAAGAAACCCCAGAAAAAGGAAGGAGAAAGUUUAGAAUCAAGGAAAAGGAAGGAGAUAGAUUCUUGCAAUGGGUUGUUUUCUUGCAUGUUUUGGUUCUUCCAAAGAUCGUAAGACUCGAAAACAGAGACACAAGGUUCAGCCUCGAUUUCAAAGAAAUGCUAGCUAUAAUGCUCAAUCGACAGUUUCUUUGGAACAGAGCAACUUGGAGAAGCCUAUCGGUCCGGUUAAAGAAGUCCGGGAUGAUGAGGCUGAGGAGCAGCUCGGUUCAGGUUCAAGUAAUCGAAAGAAAGUAACUUUUGAUACUAAUGUUAAGACCUAUGAGCAUGUUUUGAUUGAUGAAAGUACUGAUUUUGAAUUACAUAAUGAAGAAGAAGAAGAAGAAGGGGAAAACAAAGGGAAGGUGAACGAAGAUAAUUUGACAAAACGAAGGGAGUCUGAAAAUUCCUCUGAGCAUAGUUCGAUAACGUCUAGCUCAACUUUUUACCCUCCUAAUCAUAGGUAUCAGAAUUGUAGAGAAAGUGAUAACGAAGACGAAGACGGUGAAUUAGACUAUGAGGAAAGUGACCUAGAUGAUGAUGAGGAUGAUGAUUACGAGGAUUUUGAUGAUGGAGCCGUGGAAUCAAGGGAUAUGAUUCGUGGCGUUCGAGGGGUCACUGAGAAGGUUGAUGGUUUGGUGCAAGAGGAAGUGAAACCUAUUGGUUUAAUUCGGGGUGUUCGCGAUAGGAGUGGUAAUGUGCCUCCUGUGCUGAAUCCUGUUGAAAAUCUAACUCAAUGGAAAGCUGUAAAAGCAAAAGGGGCACCUCCACCUAAGCUGCGAAAGGAGAACCUAAGCUUGGAGCAAGAAGAGCCCCGGCUUUCCUUUAGUUCGGACCCUAGUUUCAAGGAACUGUCAUUCAGUUUCAAAUCAAAAUCUGAUCAUGAACCUAUGAAGUUGGACCAAGAAGUAUCAGUUGAUGCCAGCCUUUCGAAUUGGCUAUCUUCAUCGGAAACUACACCUGUCAAAAAGAAAAGCAAUUUCGAUGCCAGUACACCGGAGAGAAGCAUGUCACAAGGAUCAAAUUCACUGAGAAGCCCUGAAGAUAGACCUAUUUUAGGUGCAUUAACUCUUGAAGAGAUCAAUAAGUUUUCAGCAUCUUCUUCACCUAGGAAGUCUCCAAGUAGAAGUCCAGAUGAGAUGCCCAUAAUUGGGACUGUUGGGACCUAUUGGAGUCAUCAUGUGAGCACCACCAAGGACUCUGGCUCAGCUACUUCCUUCAAAGGAAUACCAAACACUACCAGCAAGUAUAGAGAGGAUAAGAAUGUGAGUUGGCAUUCUACACCAUUCGAGACAAGGUUGGAGAGAGCUUUGAAUAGAUGUUCUGCUGAAGCAAGCUCCAAUCGAAAUAUAUGCUAGGCAAGCUCGUUUGUGUCGAGUGUUGUUUCUGAGUGUCCAUAAUCUAUAAAUAUGGUUCCUUUAUUGUUUUCAACAUUUUCUUGCUUGUUGUAUGUGUUUUUUUUUUUUUUGUACUUUUGGUAAUGGUUAAUAUAAUAUGAUUGGUUUAUUGCAUA